CCUAGGAGCGAAAGAAAGAAAAAAAACGUAGCGCAAGAGAGAAAUUACGACGUCUGCAGGGUCAAGACGAAGCGAAAAUAGACAAAAUACUAAGUGAAUAUGAUUGUUGUUGAGUAAAAACAGCGCAUAACGAACACGGCCAGUGGCAGAAACAACAGCGAAACUGUUAAUUUGCUUAAAUCAAAGCUGGAAGGCGAUAAAGCGGCUAAGCUCCAACAACAGCAGCAGCAGUAAAAGCAGCGCAGCAACAAAAGCAACAACAACACCAGCAGCGCAGCAGUAAAAAGUGCCAGUGUGGUGUGGGUUGUUUUGUAUGUGUAUGUGUGUUUGUGGAAAUUGAGCCAGGAGGUGGGACAGGGACAGGAAUAGUCACACAGGAACAGGAACCAGAGGAACGCCAACGCGAACGCAAACGGGAACGGGAACGGUGAGAGAGAGAGAAAGAGAGUGUGAGUGCAAGGGAGUGUGAGUGGGUUGAUAGAGAGGAUUCGGAGUCGGAGAACGCAGUCAAGUGGAGAGAGCUCCAAUCCAGAGGAGCAGCUCCAACUCCAGCAUCAGCAUCAGCCAUGUCUUCGAAUAAUCAAUCAAGCGAAAGCCAAGUGGCAACAAGUGCCAGCCAGCAGCGAGCCAGCAACGCCUCCACCGCUGAAGCCACAGACGCCAACAGCUCCUCCGCCGCCGCCGCUGGUGACGUUGGCUCUUCCACUGCUGCUGGCAGCGUCGCCGCCACUUCCUCCUCCUCCUCCCAGGCCAGUGCCAACGCCAACGCGAGCAACUCAAACGCCGCGGAUCACGAUGGCAGCCCCACAAAGCAGGGCAAGCCCCAUGGUGGCCAUACGGCGGUCAACACCAAAGAGCGUGUGGUGGAUAGCGUCCCCUUCCCACCCAGCCACAAGCUGACGCUGGCCGAGGUCUUCGAUCCGCGCACGGGCAAACCGAAUCACGACGUCCUGAAGCAGCACUUUGUUCUGGAGGGGCGUAUCGAAGAGGCGCCCGCCCUCAAAAUCAUCCAGGACGGGGCCGCGCUGCUACGUCAGGAGAAGACAAUGAUCGACAUCGAGGCGCCAGUGACGGUUUGUGGGGACAUACACGGCCAGUUCUACGAUCUCAUGAAGCUGUUCGAGGUGGGCGGUUCGCCGGCCACCACAAAGUAUCUCUUCCUGGGCGACUACGUGGACCGAGGCUACUUCAGCAUCGAGUGCGUGCUGUAUCUGUGGUCGCUGAAGAUCACCUAUCCGCAGACGCUGUUCCUGCUGCGCGGCAACCACGAGUGCCGGCACCUGACCGAGUACUUCACCUUCAAGCAGGAGUGCAAGAUCAAGUACUCGGAGCGCGUUUACGACGCGUGCAUGGACGCGUUCGACUGCCUGCCGCUGGCGGCGCUCAUGAACCAGCAGUUCCUGUGCGUGCACGGCGGCCUGUCUCCGGAGAUACACGAGCUGGAGGACAUACGGCGGCUCGACCGCUUCAAGGAGCCACCCGCAUUCGGCCCCAUGUGCGACCUGCUGUGGUCCGAUCCGCUGGAGGACUUUGGCAACGAGAAGAACUCGGACUUUUACACGCACAACUCGGUGCGCGGCUGUUCGUACUUCUACAGCUACGCCGCCUGCUGCGACUUCCUGCAGAACAACAAUCUGCUGUCGAUCAUCCGGGCGCACGAGGCGCAGGACGCCGGCUACCGCAUGUAUCGCAAGAGCCAGACCACCGGUUUCCCCUCGCUGAUCACCAUCUUCUCGGCGCCCAACUAUCUCGAUGUGUACAACAACAAGGCGGCGGUGCUGAAGUACGAGAACAACGUGAUGAACAUCCGACAGUUCAACUGCUCGCCGCACCCCUACUGGCUUCCCAACUUCAUGGACGUGUUCACCUGGUCGCUCCCCUUCGUGGGCGAGAAGGUCACCGAGAUGCUGGUGAACGUGCUGAACAUCUGCUCCGACGACGAGCUCAUGACCGAGGAGAGCGAGGAGCCGCUCUCGGACGACGAGGCGGCGGCGCGCAAGGAGGUCAUACGCAACAAGAUCCGUGCUAUUGGCAAGAUGGCGCGCGUCUUCUCCGUGCUGCGCGAGGAGUCCGAGAGUGUGCUCCAGCUGAAGGGCCUGACGCCGACGGGCGCCCUGCCCCUCGGCGCCCUCUCCGGUGGCAAGCAGUCGCUCAAGAAUGCCAUGCAGGGCUUCUCGCCCAACCACAAGAUUACCUCGUUCGCGGAGGCCAAGGGCCUCGAUGCCGUCAACGAGCGGAUGCCGCCCCGUCGCGACCAGCCGCCUACGCCCAGCGAGGAUCCGCACAAUCCACAGUCAUCACAUCACAGUCAAGGCAACAGCAACAAUGGUGCGGCGCAUGGGUAAGCGGCAUGCCACAGAUCGGAUUGAGUGUGCUGGCAGGCGGUACAGCAGUGGUACGAAGUAGA